CCGGAAAGCGCAAAAGCUCCUCCAGAACCAACAACCUCACUCUUCCCUAUCUCCAGCCAUUGACACCCCCCCAUCAUCUCCGCACAUCAUGAACAGCCUCCGCGUCGCCAGGCACGCCGUCCGCGCGGCGCCCAGGACCCUCAGAGCCCCCGUGGCGGCACGUUUCACACAGCAGAGGAGAGGGUACGCCGACGUUGCGACCGACAAGAUCAAGCUCAGUCUGGCGCUGCCGCAUCAGAGCAUCUACAAGAGCACCGAUGUUGUCCAGGUGAACAUCCCCGCUGAAUCCGGCGACAUGGGCGUCCUCGCCAACCACGUCCCCGCAAUCGAACAGCUCAAGCCUGGCCUUGUCGAGAUCAUCGAGGAGUCCGGCAACAGCAAACAGUUCUUCCUGUCUGGUGGCUUCGCCGUCGUUCAGCCCGGCUCCGUACUCAGCAUCAAUGCUGUUGAGGGUUUCCCUCUCGAGGACUUCAGCGCCGAGGCUGUGAGGAACCAACUUGCCGAGGAACAAAAAAUUGCUUCGGGCGGUGGAAGUGAGCAGGACAUCGCGGAGGCCAAGAUUGCGAUUGAGGUGCUCGAAAGCUUGCAGGCGGCUCUGAAGUAAAACUCUUCUGUAUCGCAAAAAAUCACUGAUCUAGACGAAUGAGGAUCAUGUGUGUAUAAAAGUCGCUUCAAGUGGUAUGAAGGGAGAGGAGUAGUAGAGCGGAGAUAUGUACAAUAUCUAGACAAGCGAAGAAAAAGGUUAUCGAAGCUCGGCGAGGACGAAAGAUGAGAAAGUGAGAAAUGUGGAAUAUCUCAUUUGUGUGAUUGUUGUUCCUGUUGUGAUGAGAAUGUUUGCAUGGCGCUCUUGGUCUAGUCUUUCCGCUUAUCGCUCCAUUUAUCCCCACCUUGCCUUGUCAUGAUA